GAAAAGUGAGAAAGAGAAAGAGAAAGAAAAGAGGUGGGAGUGAAAUCGAGAGCGAAAAUCUAAUCACGUGACUCUCUUCUUUGGCACCGCGCUAUUACUGUGGAGGAACUUAUUUUGUUCAAGCAGCUCAGAUUCACCAAACGUCGCAAUUCUAGGUGAAACCCAUUGCUAUGUACCCACACAAAAUCAAGAAACAUCACAAGAAAAGCAGCAGCAGCAGCAGCAGCAGUAGCAGCAGCUCUGAUGAUGAAUUCAAGCACCUGCCAAAGCAUGAGCGUAAAAUGCGGAAGAAAAUGAAAAAAAAAAUGGCUAAAAAUCAAGGAUAUGGCAUAUACCCAGGAAUGAACUACCCUCCGGGUACUGGGUAUCCCCCAAAUCCAGCUUAUCCCCCAGGUAGUGUACCCCCCUCUGGACCAGGCUACCCUGGAUCCGUGAUGCCAGGAUACCCUCAACAAGGGUUCCCACCAGCUCCAGCUGGCAGUUACCCUGGUGGGCAACCACCUUAUGGAAGUAGCCAAGGUUAUAUUUCACAGCAACAAGCUGGGUAUCCACCUCAACAAGCUGGGUAUCCACCUCAGCAACCUGGGUAUCCUCCUCAACAAGCUGGAUAUCCUCCUCAACAACCUGGGUAUCCAUCUCAACAACCUGGAUACCCACCCUCUGUGUACCCUGCUCAGCCUGGGCAUCAAUACUACAACCCUGGUUCUUCUGGAAAUAAGGAUAACCCUUUACCACCUGGUUUUAAUGUUCCAACUGGUGGUCAGCCUAGCUUCCCUCCACAACCAUACGGCCAAUCAGGCUAUCCACCUCAGGCCUCCCAACCAGGUUACCCUCCACAACCUUCUCAACCUGGUUACCCUCCACAGCCUUCUCAACCAGGCUACCCAGCACAGCCAGGCUACCCAGCACAGCCUUCACAACCAGGCUACCCAGCACAGCCUUCACAACCAGGCUACCCAGCACAGCCUUCACAACCAGGCUAUCCAGCACAGCCUUCACAACCAGGUUACCCAUCGCAGCCUUCACAACCAGGUUACCCAUCGCAGCCAGGCUACCCAGGAGGCCCAGCUCCUGGUGGAAACAAACCAAAACCUUUGACCGAUGAUAUGAGGAAAAUGGCCAUGUAUGGAGGUCACCAAGUAUUCCGCCCUACAGUAGUACCGGUCAACCCUUUUUCUGCAGAGGAAGAUGCUAAAGUGUUGCGAAAUGCUAUGAAAGGAUUUGGAACCGAUGAGUCUGCAAUAAUUUUCAUCAUAAGUAAAAGAACCAAUAGCCAAAGACAGCAAAUUGCUCAGAUGUUCAAGACAAUGUAUGGCAAGGAUUUGAUAAAGGACCUGAAAUCUGAAUUAAGUGGGAACUUUGAAAAUGUUGUCUUAGCCAUGUUCAAAACUCCGGCUUAUUUUGAUGCCUGGUCUUUACAAGAAGCCAUUUCGGGUAUUGGAACAAAAGAAUCUGUUCUAACGGAAAUCCUUUGCACAAGAACCAAUGCUGAGAUUCGAGAAAUCCAGGACAUUUAUAAACGCUCAUUUAAUCGGAAUCUGGAAAAGGAUAUUAUGUCCGACACAAGUGGAUAUUUUAAGCGUUUGCUUGUUUCAUGCUGUCAGGCCAAUCGUAAUGAAUUAACUCCUGAGGAAGUGCAACGUGUUGCCACUCAAGGAUCAUCCAGUGUAGUCAAUAGACAACUAGCCCAAGAAGAUGCUCGGAGACUUUAUGAUGCUGGGGAAAAUAAAUUAGGAACUGAUGAAUCUACCAUGAUCUCUAUACUUGCUAUUCGCAAUUACUAUCAGAUGCAAGCUACAUUUGAAGAAUAUGCUAAAGUAUCUGGCAAAGACAUCAUGGAUGCAAUAAGAUCUGAGACUUCUGGAGACUUAGAAUCUGGUCUGAAAGCCAUUGUAAUGUGUGCUCGGGACAGACCGGCAUAUUUUGCAUCACAACUACAUAAGGCAAUCAGUUGCUUAGGAACUAAAGAUAAUGCUCUGAUCAGAAUUGUCGUCUCUCGUUCUGAGAUUGAUUUGCAGAACAUUAAAGAUGCUUACCAGAGAAACUAUGGAAAACCCUUAUACAAUGCCAUCGCUUCAGAUACAAGUGGAGACUAUAAGAAGCUGUUGCUGGCGUUGGUUGGUCAGUAAAAACUUGUGGAAGACAAAUGGAAAUCGAUUUUCAUUGAUGCAUGUAAUCUGCACAACGGCUCCCUUGUUUGUUCUUAUUUGUUUCAGAAUUGUUAGAAGAAAUUUUAUCUUGUUCAACUACUUAUGAAAUAUUGUUGUGAUUUAUUUUUUGAAAAUUCUAUUUUAAAAUUCAAUUAAAAAUUAAAAUAUGCAUAUAGCAUGUAGAUACAGAUGCACUCAGAUACAGAUACACACACACACAGAGCUACACAUACAUGCACACAGAUACAUAUGGAUGUGCUCAGAUAUACACAUAUAUGCACAUACAAAUUAAUUAUUGACUGAGAGCCCAAAACUUUCCAAUGAGUGUUUCAUAUAAUUUGAAUCCGUAAAAGAACAACUAUAGACACAGACACAUAGACAUACAUUCAUACAUACAUUCAUACAUACAUUCAUACAUACAUUCAUACAUACAUACAUACAUACAUACAUACAUACAUACACAUGUACACCGUUACCAGUUUAAAUUUUUUGUGUUCUCUUAUGUUAAAUAUGUUCUCAUUAACUUAAAUAAUUUAACAUGUGUACAACAUGCAAAAAUUAUUUUUUUUUCUCUGAUUAUUUCUACUUUUCUACAAAUGUACAUUUGCUUAGUUAUUCUCUUUCCAUUGCACAGUCACUACGGGGAAAACUGUGUUUGCUGAGGCAUUAUAACACUGAAAUGCAUUUUGGAGUAGUUUCCAUACUUGCUUUAAGAACAUUACCAUGAAUAAAAGCAUUAACAUUUUUAUCAAAAUAUUCUACCAGUUUCAGUCAUAUAAAGAGAUGUUUUAGUCAUGCUAAACUGUGUAGUUUUCUCCGCAUCUUCAGUAUGUAAUUAUAUAGAUUAAGUUUUCAGAUGCACUGGAGAAAUUAUUAUUCAUGGGAAUAACUGAGGAGAUGUGUCAUUAAGACAACUCUUGAUUCAGCGUAGAUCAUAAAUCAAAAUAAGGGUUUACAGACACAUAGGACUCAGUGAACAUAUAGACAAAUAAAAAACAACCAAAUUUUGUUAUUUUUUUGUAUCAAUUGAGCAAUCAUGCAACACAACAGCAACAACACAUCAACAAAGAAACAACCUUCAUAACCAAAUACUAACCACUUCUAAAUAGCUGUGGGAGAAGAAGGGAGACAACUACCACCACCCUUAACUUUUGCUGAAGCUGCUCCGAUGCUACUAGUUAGAUUGACCACAACCUCAACUACUACAGCCAAUAGCAUAGCUGUUGCUAUUACUGUAACGAUUUCUUAAUGAAAACAGACAAUUGCAACUGUUACGCUACAAGGACACUAUGGCCAUAAGAAGGGAUUAGACUAUCAGCACAAUGUAAGAAAAAUCAUAUGGUUUGCAGAACUAAUAUCAUGAAUGAUUAAUUCAAAUAAAUUUAUUCCAAUUUAAUUUUCACUUUCCUCACAGAAUGACUAAAUCAUUUUUUAAAGUGAUUGAAACCAGUAGCAUAUUUUGAUAAGAAUGUAAAAACUUUCUUCUAUCCAUUAUAAAGUUCUGAAAACAUUUUCAUCUUCUUGUUUUAAUAAAAUAAAUUUCUUCAUGUGAAACUGUUUAACCUUUUCAAUAUAUAUACAUAUAUCUGUGCAUACGCACAGUUAUAUGUAUAAAGGUAUGUGUUUUUGAAUGUAUACAGAUGAUUAUGGCUUCAUACUGGUAGGAAUUGCAAUAAUACAAAAAUGUACUCAAUACUAACUAACCAUUAGACUAGAAUAACUAUUCAAAGCUAAAACUGCAUGAA